UCCUCCCAAAGGUCCCCAAACAGCACACACGCUCUCUCCUAUCUCUCUCCUCUCUCUUACUUUUCCUCCUAAACUCUGGGCUCUGGCGAAGGAAUGAGAAGUAGUUAGAGACACCGCGAACGAUGGGAGCGAAUUUGAAAUCGAUAACGGCUUCUUUCACCGUCAUCGCCGUCUUUUUCUUGAUUUGUGGUGGCGGAGCUGCGGUGGAGGAUGAGACCGAGUUUCACGGCGACUACUCCAAGCUGUCAGGUAUAAUCAUUCCGGGAUUCGCGUCGACGCAGUUGCGAGCGUGGUCGAUCCUUGACUGCCCAUACACUCCGUUGGACUUCAAUCCGCUCGACCUCGUCUGGCUAGACACCACUAAGCUUCUAUCUGCUGUGAACUGCUGGUAUAAGUGUAUGGUGCUAGAUCCUUAUAAUCAAACGGACCAUCCUGAGUGUAAGUCACGGCCUGACAGUGGUCUUUCAGCGAUCACAGAAUUGGAUCCAGGUUACAUAACAGGUCCUCUUUCUACUGUCUGGAAAGAGUGGCUUAAGUGGUGUGUUGAGUUUGGCAUAGAAGCUAAUGCAAUUGUCGCUGUUCCAUACGACUGGAGAUUGUCACCAACCAAAUUGGAAGAGCGUGACCUUUACUUUCACAAGCUCAAGUUGACCUUUGAAACUGCCUUAAAACUCCGUGGCGGCCCUUCUAUAGUUUUUGCCCAUUCAAUGGGUAAUAAUGUGUUCAGAUACUUUCUGGAAUGGCUGAGGCUAGAAAUUGCACCAAAACAUUACUUGGAGUGGCUUGAUCAGCAUAUCCAUGCUUAUUUUGCUGUUGGAGCUCCUCUUCUUGGUUCAGUUGAGGCAAUUAAAUCGACUCUCUCUGGUGUAACAUUUGGCCUUCCUGUUUCUGAGGGAACUGCUCGGUUGUUGUCCAAUUCGUUUGCCUCUUCGUUGUGGCUUAUGCCAUUUUCAAAGAAUUGCAUAGGUGAUAACACAUUCUGGACACAUUUUUCUGGUGGUGCUGCAAAGAAAGAUAAGCGCGUAUACCACUGUAAUGACGAGGAAUAUCAAUCGAAAUAUUCUGGCUGGCCGACGAAUAUCAUUAACAUUGAAAUUCCUUCCACUAGCGGUAAGAAUCUGUAUAUGCAACGAAAAUUAACACCAAGAAUGUUCCCUCUUAUAUUUCGUUCCUUUGAUGCGUAUCCAACAGUUACAGAAACAGCUCUAGCCAACAUGACGAGCAUGGAAUGUGGUCUUCCCACCCUAUUGUCGUUCACAGCCCGUGAACUAGCAGAUGGGACUCUUUUCAAAGCAAUUGAAGACUAUGACCCAGAUAGCAAGAGGAUGUUACACCAGUUAAAGAAGUUGUAUCAUGAUGACCCUGUUUUUAACCCUCUGACUCCUUGGGAGAGACCACCUAUAAAAAAUGUAUUUUGCAUAUAUGGGGCUCAUUUAAAGACAGAGGUUGGUUAUUACUUUGCCCCAAGUGGCAAACCUUAUCCUGAUAACUGGAUCAUUACUGAUGUCAUUUACGAAACUGAAGGUUCCCUCGUGUCAAGGUCUGGAACUGUGGUUGAUGGGAAUGCUGGACCUAUAACUGGGGAUGAGACGGUACCCUAUCAUUCACUCUCUUGGUGCAAGAAUUGGCUCGGACCUAAAGUUAACAUAACAAUGGCUCCCCAGCCAGAACACGAUGGAAGUGAUGUACAUGUGGAGCUAAAUGCUGAACAUGAGCAUGGGUCAGACAUCAUAGCGAACAUGACAAAAGCACCAAGGGUUAAGUACAUAACCUUUUAUGAAGACUCUGAGAGCAUUCCAGGAAAGAGAACUGCGGUCUGGGAGCUUGAUAAGACAAAUCACAGGAAUAUCGUUAGAUCUCCAGUUCUGAUGCGGGAGUUAUGGCUUCAGAUGUGGCAUGACAUUCAGCCUGGUGCGAAGUCCAAAUUUGUCACCAAAGCCAAGCGCGGGCCACUUAGAGAUGCGGAUUGCUACUGGGAUUAUGGGAAAGCCUGUUGUGCUUGGCAAGAAUACUGUGAAUACAGAUACAGUUUCGGGGAUGUUCACUUAGGACAAAGUUGUAGAUUGAGGAACACAUCUGCUAAUAUGCUGCUCCAGUACAUAUAAAUUUCCUGUUCAGCAAAUGACCUAUUCCUUCAUCUGCAUUUUACUCUCCCGGUUAGAAGAUAGAAAAAAAGGUUAAAAACGGUCAAUUCUUAUUGCUCUCUCUAUUUCUCACGCAAAGGUAUUCUUUUGUGAAUUUUUUGCUAUUACGAGCAUAUGAUAUUUUGGGUACAGCUAAGAGUGCAGUUACUUUGAUCGUCACGGCUAAAGUAGUGUAAACCCAUAUUAAAAGAAUUUUUCUUUUUUUC